AUGAGCGAUCCGAUCUACCUGCCAGGAGAGUUCGGCCCGCCGUCCGUUGGGCGCAGCGUCUGUUUUCCGUUUUACGGGCAUUCCGGGGACGAGGAAGUCACAGGCCCCAACAACCUCCCAUCGGAUCCCGGCGAAGAAGGCCUCGGCCGGUCCCCCUGCACAACCGUCCAUCACAUCCACCUCCCCGGGCAGUUCGACCCGGCGUCAGGGGAAGCGUGCCCGUCUGUGGAUUCGGACGUCAGUUCUGAGGAAGAGGAGUCACCAGAUGGUGCCCCCGCCAUAAAGGCCGAAGUCGACCUCUCCUUCGAAGCAGGAGCCCGUCUUCCAGCAGAUCUGAAAGGAAGCCCACCUUUGCCCCCAAAGCCCGACGAGAAGGAAAGCGGAAAGGGACAAGGACACGGACGCAUACUAGAGAAUCUACAAGACAACAAAGGACCGGGAAGCCUUGUGCCAGAAGCCAAAAGACAGAUUCCAGAAAGCCCAGGUGUGUCCCCGGAGCCGCCGAUCCAGAAUCCAGAGCGACCGGUUCGAGAUCCAGAGCGGCCAGCCCAGGACUUAGGCCGGCCCACCCAAUAUUCAGAGCGGCCAACCCAGAAUCCAGGGUGGCCGACCCAGUAUUCGGAGCGGCCGACUCAGGAUCCAGGACGGCCGAGUCGGGAUCCAGGACGGCCAAAUCGGGAUCCAGAAUGGCCAACUCAGGAUCCAGGAUGGAUCCAGGACGGCCAACUCGGGAUCCGGGACGGCCAAAUCAGGAUCCAGGAUGGCCAACUUGGGAUCCAGAAUGGCCAACUCGGGAUCCAGGACGGCCAACUCGGGAUCCAGAAUGGCCAACUCAGGAUCUAG